AUGCCUAUAACUUAUCCGCGAAAAAUUUGGAUUGUUCGACAUGCUGAGCGAGAAGAUAAUAUAAAUAAGAAUUGGAGAAGAUUGGAAGAAGCUGAAGAUUUGGCUCGCGAUAAUUCAAUGUUAUCGGAAAGAGGAAGACAGCAAGCGAAAGAAUGUCAGCAGAGGUUCAAAAAUGCGCAGAUUGAUCAUUGUUUUGCAUCGCCGUUUGAUCGGACAAUUGAAACUGCUUCAACUAUUGUGGAGGGGAAAGGAUUGAAAGUUAAGGUAAGUAUAAAAAAUUUUUUCAAAAAUUACAAUUUACCUCCGAAAAGUUUAACAUGAGCAAUGCCCUCUUUUUUCAAAAAUUAAAAAUUUGGUGCCGAAAAAUUUAAUAUGAGCAAUGCUCUGAUUUUUCAAAGUUAAGGUUUUGACACCAAAAAGUUUAAUAUGAGCAAUACCCUGAUUUUUCAAAAUAUACAAUUUGCCGCCGAAAAGUUUAAUAUGAGCAAUGUUCUAGUAUUUUUGUGUCUGAAUAUUUUGUCUCCAGAAAACUCUCAUCUCUCACAAAAUCUAGGCUUAUCCGGGCUCAAAAAAUCUCAAAUUUUCUAGACAUUGCUCAUGUUAAACUUAUCCGUUCAGAGCGAUAUUUAGGCCCGAAAUCUAGGCCGAAUUCAGGCUCAAAAAAUUCCAGACCCAACUCUCUAGUAAGAUAAGAGCCUCAUAUAUUUUUUCAUUUCCAAAAAGCCCACCUUUGUCAAUAUCGCUUCAUUUUUUUAAAUUGAUUUUUGAAGGAAUAGACAAAAUAAUCAAAUAAAUAGGAAAUUCACCGUUUUCUUGCCAGAUUCAGAAAAAAAAUGAGCGGCAUAAAAAAUUAAUCUAGACCACGUAGUUUAAAAUUAGUCCACGUCAUUUCGAAACAAUUUUUAAUUUCAAAAAUCAUUUUUUCCAGGCUGAAGGUGGAUUAUGCGAAGCUCUUUAUCUAUGCGAACAACCACCGGGUUUCUGGGAAACUGCAGAACUCGCCGAAAAAUUUCCACUCGUCGACACCGCCUAUUUCCCCGAAUUCUCCAAAUUCACACUUCCACGCGAAGGAUGCGGCGAUGAUGCGUGCGUUUCGCGAGUUCGACAAACUCUCAAAAAACUGUUUGAAAGACACGAGGGCAAUUUAUUGUUGGUCGGACACGGCGCGUCGAUUGGAGCUUGUCACGAGGUUUUGAUGGGCGAAUUCAAAUAUGUCGGACAGGCGACUGUUUCGGAAUUCGAGGAAACCGCGCCGAAUUGUUAUCGACAUAAGUAUAGUUCGGAUGCUUCACAUUUAUCAGACAAGAAAAAUUUGAGACCGUGGUGA